AUGGAGCAGCUGCUGGAGAGCUUUCCGCAGCCCGCGGUGUACGACGCCCUAUCCCUCCUGGAGCAGGUCAAAGCAUGCUUCGCGCCCGAUCCGGACGUCACCGCGGAGUUCCUCGACCUCUUCGCGCGCUUCAGCAGGCGCGAGAUCGUCGACAUCCCCGCCGUCGUGGCCAGGGCGUACGCGCUCCUCCAGGGCCAUCCCGAUCUCAUCCAGCGUUUCGACACCUACAACCCCUUUCUCCGCCGUCCUGCUCAGCACGAAGCCGAGCCCGUCCGCGAUGAUCCGCCCAAGCGGCCUAAGAGGGAGCGCCGCCACCCGGCGGCCGCCUCCGUCGACGCCGACUGUGCCGGGGCCAUGCGGUUCCUCGAGCGGGUGAAGCUGGCGGACGCCGGGCUCUACGACAGGGUCCUCGCGCUGCUCUUCCACGUGAGGGCGGAGGUCAAGCUCGACGCGAAUCAAAUCUACGACCAGGCCCGGAAGAUUUUCGGGUCGGCGCACGGCCAUCUCCUCCGCGGUUUCACGGAGUACCUUCCGACGGGGCGUGACUUUCUGAGGCGUCGCGCGCCCAAGAAGGAGCCGCCGGAAGAGCACCGUGCUCCUGCACCCAAGCGCAAGGCCCCCGCUGCCGGAACGGCCACGAUCCGAGUCGACGCCGCGUGCAAGAAGAAACCCCGCGUCGACGAACGGAAGACGACCAACCAACGCGCCUCCUCGGCCGUCGAUGCCCCCAAGAGCGGCGACAAAUUCUCCAAGUUUAGGGAGGCGUGGGAGUUUGAGACCACGUACACCAAGCUGGUUGUCACCAUAAGACGCACCAAGAAAGCACUAGAAGAACUCAGGCCAAAGCCAAAGAAGAAAUCACGGGAAGAAGCCGAGCCGGCGAAGGAACCGCCGGAGGAAGUCAAGCCGUCGCCGGGCCACCACGUGCGGCCGCGUACGUUCGAGGAACUCUACCCCAGCCGCGAGUGCCGGGAGGUUCUCCAGGAGAUGUACGGCGACAUGUUGGCGCCGAUGCGGGAGGCGCUCGAGGACGGCGCGCGCACAGAGCUGGCUCUGAAGACGAUCAAGCGCAGGCUGAAGAAGCUGGAGGAGGUGGCCGUGAAGAUCGCGAGGGAGCGGCGGGAUCCCGCCCGCGUUGAGCGCCGAAUGGCAGAGCUUGCCAUAGAUCAAGUGGUGCUUCUUCGGGGUCAGGCGGAAAGAGCAGCGGCACGCAAUCCUGAUGGCCCGUGCGAGACCAAGAUUGACAUGGACCAAGAUUGA